CGUCGGCGUUGCUCCGGUGUUCCCCCACCCACCCCCUCCUCCGGCACCACCAUGGCUUCCCCUCUGAGGGAGGACGAGGAAGAGGAGGAGGAGAUGGUGGUGUCCGAGGCGGAGGGGGAUGAAGACGAAGAGGAGGAAGAGGAGGAGGAGGAGGAAGACGACGACGAAGAAGCCGCCGCCGCCGCCAACGCCGCCGCCGCCGCCGCCGGGGACGACAGCCCGGGCGACAUCUUCCCGCCCGCCGCGCAGGCGGAGGCUGCCCCGCUGACCCCCGCCGCCGCCACGCCGGCCGCGGCGGCCGAAGGGACCGCGGCGCCGCCAGACGACGAAGAGGAGGAAUUGUGCAACUUAGAGAGCCCCCUUGUUGUCAAGAAGAAGAAACGAGGGCCCAAAAAGCAGAAAGAGAACAAGCCAGGGAAACCCAGGAAGCGCAAAAAAUUAGUCAGCGAGGAUGAGUUUGAGUCAGACCGGGACGAGUAUCGGGCCAAGUCGGAGAGCGGCGGCAGCGAUUAUGGAGGCGUGGGGAAGAAGAAGCGGCGCAGGCAUCGGGAGAAGAAAGAGAAAAAGACCAGGCGGCGGAAAAAGUCCGAGGAGGACGGAGUGCAGAAGCCAAAGGUGGAGCAGAAGUCCUCUGCUCAGCUGCUCAUGACUUGGGGGCUGGAGGAUGUGGACCACGUUUUCACCGAGGAGGACUAUCACACCCUGACAAAUUACAAAGCUUUCAGCCAGUUUAUGAGGCCCCUCAUUGCCAAAAAGAAUCCCAAGAUCCCGAUGUCCAAAAUGAUGACCAUCAUGGGAGCCAAGUGGCGGGAGUUCAGCGCCAACAAUCCCUUCAAGGGGUCGACAGCAGCCGUGGCCGCCGCCGCCGCCGCCGCUGCCGCCGCCGUGGCAGAACAAGUGUCGGCUGCCGUGUCAGCCGUGGCCCCUUCCCCCGAGGCCCAGCCUCUGCUGCAGCCGCCCGCCCAGCCGCUCCCGGUCCGCAAGGCCAAAACCAAAGAGGGCAAAGGCCCAGGCCACAAGAAGAGGAGUAAAAGCCCCCGCAUCCCAGAGAUGAAGAGGAAGACGAAGGGGAAGAGGAUGGCGCCCCUGAAGAUCAAGCUAGGAAUGAUCGGAGGGAAGCGCAAGAAGAGCAGCUCACAUUUGUUUCAGAGUGACGAGGUGGGAGAACCUGAGGAAGAAUCUGACCUCGACAACUCGAGCGUUCACAGUUCUUCCGUGCGUUCAGACAGUUCGGGAAGGGUCAAGAAACUCAAGCGGGGUCGACCUGGACGAAAGAAGAAAAAGGUUGCUGGUGAAGAAGAGGCAGACGGCUACGAGACAGACCACCAAGACUAUUGCGAGGUGUGUCAGCAGGGCGGGGAGAUCAUCCUCUGCGACUCAUGUCCCAGAGCUUAUCACCUGGUGUGCCUGGAUCCGGAGCUAGACAAGGCCCCCGAGGGCAAGUGGAGCUGCCCCCACUGUGAAAAAGAAGGGGUGCAGUGGGAGCCGAAGGAGGAGGAGGACGAGUAUGAAGGAGAGCUGGACGAUGGCGAGAAGGAGGAGGAGGACGACCACAUGGAGUACUGCCGCGUCUGCAAGGACGGCGGCGAGCUGCUGUGUUGCGACGCUUGCAUCUCUUCCUAUCACAUCCACUGCCUCAACCCUCCACUUCCCGAGAUCCCCAACGGGGAGUGGUUGUGUCCCCGCUGCACGUGCCCCGUGCUAAAGGGCCGUGUCCAGAAAAUCCUCCACUGGCGAUGGGGGGAGCCCCCGACGCCAGUCGCGGCCCCCCUGCCGCCCGACAGCAACCCGGCUGACCAGCCGGCAAAGACGCUUCAGGGACGGUCAGAGCGCGAGUUCUUUGUGAAGUGGGUCGGCCUCUCCUACUGGCACUGCUCCUGGAUAAAGGAAUUGCAGCUUGAGAUUUUCCACCUAGUGAUGUAUAGAAAUUACCAGCGGAAGAACGACAUGGACGAGCCUCCGCCUUUCGACUACGGCUCCGGCGAUGACGAUGGCAAGAGCGAGAAGAGGAAGAGCAAGGACCCUCUCUACGCCGAGAUGGAAGAGAACUACUACCGCUACGGCAUUAAGCCGGACUGGAUGACUAUCCAUCGUGUCAUAAACCACAGCAUUGACAAAAAGGGCAACUAUCACUACCUGGUGAAGUGGCGUGACCUUUCCUACGACCAGUCCACGUGGGAAGAGGAUGAAAUGUCCAUUCCCGACUACGAAUAUCACAAGCAGGCCUACUGGUUGCACAGAGAACUAAUUAUGGGAGAAGAUCCUGCCCAGCCUAGGAAGUACAAGAAAAAAAAGAAGGAACUGACCCCGGACGACCCCCCAAAUUCCCCCACAAAUGAUCCCACCGUGAAAUACGAAACCCAGCCCCGCUUCAUCACGUCCACUGGGGGUACGCUGCACAUGUAUCAGCUGGAAGGCCUCAACUGGCUGCGCUUCUCCUGGGCCCAGAGUACGGAUACCAUCCUGGCUGACGAGAUGGGCCUCGGCAAGACCAUCCAGACCAUCGUCUUUUUGUACUCGCUCUACAGAGAGGGCCACACCAAGGGGCCCUUCCUGGUCAGCGCCCCACUGUCCACCAUCAUCAACUGGGAGCGAGAGUUUCAGAUGUGGGCGCCUAACUUCUACGUGGUGACCUACACAGGAGACAAGGACAGCCGUUCAAUCAUCCGCGAGAAUGAGUUUUCCUUUGAGGACAACGCUAUGAAAGGCGGCAAGAAGGCCUUCAAAAUGAAGAGAGAAGCUCAGGUGAAGUUUCACGUCCUGCUUACUUCCUACGAGCUGGUCACCAUCGACCAGGCUGCUUUGGCGUCUAUCCGGUGGGCCUGUCUUGUGGUUGAUGAAGCUCACCGGCUCAAAAACAAUCAGUCCAAGUUCUUCAGGGUGCUCAAUGGCUACAAGAUCGACCACAAGCUGCUGCUCACGGGGACUCCUCUGCAAAACAACCUGGAGGAGCUGUUCCACCUGCUGAACUUCCUCACGCCGGAGAGAUUCAACAACCUGGAAGGCUUCCUGGAGGAAUUUGCUGACAUCUCCAAAGAGGACCAAAUUAAAAAACUCCAUGAUCUUCUGGGUCCCCACAUGUUGCGCCGCCUCAAAGCUGAUGUCUUCAAGAACAUGCCAGCCAAGACGGAGCUCAUUGUUCGGGUGGAGCUGAGCCCCAUGCAGAAGAAAUACUAUAAAUACAUCUUGACUCGCAACUUUGAAGCUUUGAACUCACGUGGUGGCGGGAACCAGGUAUCGUUGCUCAACAUCAUGAUGGACUUGAAGAAAUGCUGCAACCACCCCUACCUCUUCCCUGUUGCUGCGAUGGAAUCCCCUAAGCUGCCAAGCGGUGCCUACGAAGGGGGCGCUCUCAUCAAAGCCUCUGGGAAACUGAUGCUCUUGCAAAAGAUGUUGAGGAAACUGAAGGAGCAGGGCCACCGAGUGCUUAUCUUCUCCCAGAUGACAAAAAUGCUGGACCUUCUUGAGGAUUUCCUUGACUAUGAAGGGUACAAGUAUGAACGGAUAGAUGGGGGCAUUACUGGGGCCCUGCGGCAAGAAGCCAUUGAUAGGUUUAAUGCUCCAGGAGCUCAGCAGUUCUGCUUCCUGCUCUCAACGCGAGCAGGCGGCUUGGGCAUCAAUUUGGCCACGGCAGACACGGUGAUCAUCUUUGACUCCGACUGGAACCCUCAUAACGAUAUCCAGGCCUUCAGCAGAGCUCAUCGAAUUGGCCAGGCUAACAAGGUGAUGAUCUACCGCUUUGUAACACGGGCUUCAGUGGAGGAGCGGAUCACGCAGGUGGCCAAACGCAAGAUGAUGCUGACUCACCUGGUGGUCCGCCCGGGGCUGGGCUCCAAGUCGGGUAGCAUGUCCAAGCAGGAGCUGGACGACAUCCUCAAAUUCGGCACUGAGGAACUCUUCAAGGAUGAAAAUGAGGGCGAGAACAAAGAGGAGGACAGCAGCGUUAUCCACUACGACAACGAGGCCAUUGCACGGCUGCUGGACCGUAACCAGGAUGCCACCGACGAUGCCGACGUCCAGAACAUGAACGAGUACCUCAGCUCCUUCAAGGUGGCGCAGUAUGUGGUUCGGGAAGAGGAUAAGAUUGAAGAGAUCGAACGGGAGAUCAUCAAGCAGGAGGAGAACGUGGACCCCGACUACUGGGAGAAACUCUUGCGGCACCAUUACGAGCAGCAGCAGGAGGACCUGGCUCGCAACCUGGGGAAAGGGAAGCGGGUGCGCAAGCAAGUCAACUACAACGACGCAGCCCAAGAGGACCAAGACAAUCAGUCUGAAUACUCAGUCGGCUCCGAAGAGGAGGAUGAAGACUUUGACGAGAGGCCAGAAGGUCGCCGACAGUCCAGACGGCAGCUUCGGAAUGAGAAGGACAAACCUCUUCCCCCACUUCUGGCACGGGUUGGUGGGAACAUCGAGGUGCUGGGGUUCAACACCCGCCAGCGUAAGGCCUUCCUGAAUGCUGUUAUGCGCUGGGGUAUGCCUCCCCAGGAUGCCUUCACUUCUCAGUGGCUGGUUCGGGACUUGCGGGGCAAGACGGAGAAAGAAUUUAAGGCCUACGUUUCCCUGUUCAUGAGGCAUCUCUGCGAGCCUGGUGCGGAUGGGUCGGAGACCUUCGCUGAUGGGGUGCCGAGGGAGGGUCUCUCCAGGCAGCAGGUCCUGACACGGAUAGGCGUCAUGUCUCUGGUUAAAAAAAAGGUGCAGGAGUUUGAACAUAUCAACGGCCGCUGGAGCAUGCCUGAACUGAUGCCUGACCCCAGUGCUGACUCCAAAAAGUCCUCCCGAGCUUCAUCCCCCACGAUCAAAACCACCACCACCACCCCAGAACCCAGUUGCACCAACACUCCCUGCACCUCCAAGCCAGCUACUCCAGCUCCGAGUGACAAAGGAGAUGGGGCGGUCUUGACUGAGAAGGAGGAUUCAGAGGCCAGGGAGGAGAAGCUGGAGAAGGAAGCCAGGAGCGGGGAGAAGACGGAGGCAGAGCCUUCAGCGCCCGAACAGCAUGUUGCUGCCACGUUCCCAGGGGAAAAGGUGGAGCUGGAUUCCUCGAAAAAGCCUGAGGAAGAGGGACUGAUGGUAGUUGGGGAAAAAGAGGCAGAAGCUGAACCUGCGGUCAAGGAGGAAAAAGAGAAAUUGGACGCUGAUUUGGAGAAGCUUGUGGCAGAUGAAAAGUUCACGGAGAGUGACGACAGCAAGGAAAAGGUGGAGGGAGAAGCGCAGGACACAAAGAAAGAAGAUGUGAAAGCGGAGCGGGAGAUGGCAAAGGAGCCCAGAGUUGGCAGCAUCAAAGAUGAGAGCCGGAAUAAUGGGAAGAAGGAAGACAAGAUGGAGAAGCCCCGGUUUAUGUUCAACAUUGCGGACGGUGGCUUCACAGAGCUCCACACCCUGUGGCAAAAUGAAGAGCGAGCUGCCAUCUCCUCCAGCAAGCUCAAUGAAAUCUGGCACCGCCGGCAUGACUACUGGCUGCUGGCGGGCAUUGUCCUGCACGGCUACGCUCGCUGGCAGGAUAUUCAGAACGAUAACCAGUUUGCCAUCAUCAACGAGCCCUUCAAGACGGAAGCCAACAAGGGCAACUUCUUGGAGAUGAAGAACAAGUUCCUUGCCAGAAGGUUCAAGCUCCUGGAGCAGGCCUUGGUGAUCGAGGAGCAACUCCGCCGGGCUGCGUACCUGAACAUGACUCAGGACCCCAGCCACCCGGCAAUGGCCCUCAACACCCGCUUUGCUGAGGUGGAGUGUCUGGCCGAGAGCCACCAGCACUUGUCCAAGGAAUCCUUGGCCGGCAACAAGCCUGCCAACGCCGUCCUGCACAAGGUGCUGAACCAGCUGGAGGAGCUUCUCAGUGACAUGAAGGCAGAUGUGACGCGCCUGCCGGCCACGCUUUCCCGCAUCCCUCCGAUCGCCGCCCGCCUCCAGAUGUCCGAGCGCAGCAUCCUCAGCCGCUUGGCAAGCAAAGGGAACGAAACCCAGACUACUCCGGCUUUUCCCCCUGGGCCCUAUGCCACCCCACCUACUUUUGGGGGCUCCUUUGGUGCCACCCCUGGCGGGGGACUGCCCACUAUGGGUGCCAACUACAGCCAAAUGCCAACUGGCUCCUUCAUAACAGCCAACGGUCCCCCCGUGAUUGUGAAGAAGGAGAAGGAGGGUGAGAGCUUGGAGAAGAAGGAGGCGAAGAGCGGGGAGGUGAUUUGCAUAGACGACUGAGGGGCGGCUGGGCCAGCUCUCCCGCCAAGCCCCAUCUGCGCCGGCCACCCUGCCUCCGGCCAAUGGGCCUGCUGCCCUCGAGCCCCUCCUUUUUAUUUCCGGAUUGUGUGAUGGCUUUGCCAUGGAAGCGGGGAGUGCCGGUGAUCGCUGCCCCUCUCGGGACCCCUGCCUUGGAUUUAGUUGCUCUUCCCGAGCCCCUCCCUCCCUGCUUCGGGGAAGGGGGGAGCCCCACCUCGGAACCAACGCAGUGGGUCCGGAAUGACCAAGAGGUACUCGGGAGCCAGGACCGACCUGGCUCCUCUUCCUGGCUCGAGGUGCUAGAAGGGGGCCAACUUAGAACUGGGAUCCAGGCCGUUUGGGGUUUUGACAGGGGAGGGGGCAGCCUGCCUCGUGGUCUUUGCCCCCAGCAGUGUUGAAACUUUGAGCAGCACUGCAAAAUGACUCUAUAAAUACGAAUAUAUAUAUAAUGUAUACACACUCACCCUGUAUGUUUAACCCCCUCCCCACUCGUGCUUGGCCUCCCUGCGGGGUGCGAACGCAGCCGGCUGGGGAAGGGGGGGACGCUCCCCCACCACGUUCUGUUCUGAGAACACGCGGGAGCGGGGAGCAGGCGCCCUCGACCCAGGAGUCUCGGGAGCCUUCCCAGCAGCGCCCCCGCCGUGGGGGGGCGAGCCUGUUUCUGCCCCCCCACCCUGAAAGCAAGGCGGUUUCGAGGGGUGGGGGUGGGGAGAGGCGGCCGCAGGGCCAAGCUGCACUCCUGGGUUUGUUGCUGAAUUUCAAGUCACUUCUUGUUUAAAUCUUGCAGAAUAAAGGCACUGUUUCCUUGGCUACGUAA